AUGCCCUCAGCAGCAGCAGCAGCAGCAGCAGCAGCAGCAACUUUAGGGACUAGCAGCAGCAGAAGUGCAGCAAAAUCUACGCCUCCACGCCUAUCUACAAUAUCAGCAGCAGCAGCAGCAGCAACUGCAGCAGCAACUGCAGCAGCAACAGCAGCAGCAGCAGCAGCAACUGCAGCAGCAGCAGCAGCAGCAGCAGCAGCAAGCCGAAAGACGCAAGAGGGAGACUUGCAGCAGCAGCAACAGCAGCAGCAGCAGCAACAGCAGCAGCAGCAGCAGCAGCAACAGCAGCAACAGCAGCAGCAGCACCAGCAGCAGCAGCAGCAACAGCAACAGCAACAGCAGCAGCAGCAGCAACAGCAGCAGCAGCAGCUGACUUGGCGGUGUAUCGACAUCUCCUAG